CCCUGCCUCAGUUGCUGGUCUGGAGAAAACAGACGUAACUGUCUAUCAGUUACUUCGGAAAGGUGCUCCUUUUUGUCCUACACAGUUAUUUGGAUGGCAGACUACAAAUGACCUGGCAGCAGAAGAAUGUAUGAGGGAGUUGCCCUAUUUCUCGCACCCGGACCUCGUGACAAAGUACGCCCCGGUGGUCAGCCUCCGCUUCACCUACUACCUCCGUCAGGGGAGACCAUCCUUUGCCUUCCUCUCCUUCCUUGCCCAGGAGCUAGACUCUGGAACGACAACAGUGACAAAGAAAAGAGUGAAUUGGGCAUACCGUGUGGCGACCGUUUUAGCUAUCAGACACGUGAGCAAUGAACAGGUGGUUGCUGGUUGUACGGCCUUUGUAGAGAUGUUGGGAGAGGACAGUAGUCACCUGAGGACCCAGGCUCAGGUGACACACACCAUUUUACGUCACCGUAACUCUGGUCUAUCAGGGAGCACUGAGGACAGGCGGAACUCUGCACGCAAGAACGAGCAGGACACAAUUGACCUGAUGCUGUCAUGUCUGAGAAGGCCAAGGAGUUAUGGAGGACAGGUUCUGAGCUGUCUAGAGGAGGCUGUAAUGGCAUCCAUCCUCAGAGAGAAACAUGCCAGUGUAAGUUUUGAGGCGGCCCUCCAAUGGAACCUGGUUCUACUGUUCUGUCACCACAGCCGGCUCCCUUACAGUACCUGCUUCCUGGAGGCCUGUGCCAGGGAUGAUCAGUGGCUGCCCUUCAUCUGGUUCUCACAGAUGCACCAGUAUCCUAAGGAGCAGUUACAUGGACUUCUACACAAGUUUAAAAGCCGGCCUUUGAGAGAACACCUCCAUUAUGUGAUAGAGAAUGCUCAAGCCAAAUCCUUGGAACAGAGCAGCAAACCAACCUCAUUCGCUCGAGCCCAGGGUGUACAGAGAGAUAUUCGUUCUUCCCUGUAUACAAGAAUAGGGCUUGCCAAGAUCACAGGAGAGACCAAGGAACACGAUUCCAGUAGCAGUGAAGAAGAGGACGGCCACCUAGCAGCUGAUGAAGAAGAUGAGAUCAGAGUUACAGAUGAUGAAGUGUUCUCUGUGAAGGUUGAAUCAGCCCCAGAUGACGUGUUUGGAGUUGUGUAUGCAGCAGUGACCAGCAAAUGUCAGUGGAAGUCCUUGCUCUCUCACAGUAUUGUGUUGAGGAACCCCCUGUUUGCUGUGUUAGCUGCAUCAUUCCCAGAGUCCACCAGACUGGCCUGUCUGAGCAGUUGGCUGGUGGCCAUGAUGGAUCCUGUUACAUCUGAGGAGUUUCUGGCUCAGCAUGAUGUCGUGGCAACACGCUGGACACUGAUAGAGCUCCGUAUCCUUGUGGACAUUUUCAUCAAGAAGUCGUGGACAACUGCCCUCGCUACAGGAUUUGACAUUUUCCAGAUGGAUUCCCCUUUGCUGCCAUUUCUGAUGUUUUAUGCUGAGUUUAAGGAAAGGAAACAAUACGCAGCGUCCAGAAAAAUGCUGGAGAGCUUCAAGGAAGCCAUGUUUGCUUUUCGACAAAAUGGUGAAAAGAGUGGCCCUGGUCCUGUUCAACCUGAUGCCAGCUACAUUCUGGGGAACAUUGACUGGUUUGAGCAGGUGUCAUACAGCGCCAUCUGUCUACAACUGACCAGGGGAAGAAACCAGUAUGAAACCAUGCUGUUUCUGGGUGUACUGGAACAAGUCAACAUUGCACCUGUUUUCAGUUUUCCAGUACCUGAUUACAGCCAGCUACAUAAGCUGUAUCAGAUAGCUGUUGACACUGGACUAGAACUGGCCUGCAUUGACCUGCUGGAGUCGGCGAGUUCUGAGUACCAGACGGCCUGCAAGACAGCUGUUGUUCGACUGAAGGAGCGGUCACUGUAUGAUGAAGCUCGCAAGUUUGCUACCAUAGCCGGCCUAGAUCACCAGCAUGUUACUGUCGCUCAGGUGACAGAAGAGUUGUCUGAGAUGAGGUCAGGGUCUCUCUGGAGAUCUGCAGCAGCACGGCGCAAACUCUGGCAAAACUGCCUGGACAAGUUCAGACAACAUCAAGUCCAGGGGAGUGUGAUAGCGGACUUCUUCCAGACACAGAUCAAUGAGUGUGGACUGGAGAAGAGAGAGGAGGCUUACCUGUAUCAGCUGUCACAUGACAGCCUGUGGGAGGGGCUAGAAGAUGGAACGGAGAGACAGAGAGAAGACAUCUACAUCCGUCUGUGGAGGUGUAAGCUAGAGGCCAAACUACAGCAGAUACAGGGCCUCUCCCCCAAGCUAGGACAACCUGAAGAAGUGUUUGACUUUGUGGACUCCAAACCAGGCACUCCCAACACCCCAACAAGUCCACAAUGGGGAAGGCAUUUGCUGCAGUAUGGGGUGAUGCCACAACCAGGAGAGCUCAGUCAGGAACAAAGGGAGGUCACUCUAACAGACAUGGAGAAGCAGGGGCUGGAUGAGCUACUGAAGGAACUCCUGGGUGCUGGACAGAUCCAGGAAGCAUUUAAGCUGGCGUCCGUGUUCCAGCAUUACAACAGAAACCUAGCCAUUAUACUGUCGUGUAUGAGACUGGCGAAGGGGGAGGUAACUGUGGCUGAGCUGGACUCUGAUAUAAGGACAUUGGUCUUCCAGACAAGUCCUCCGACAGGCCGCAUCCGCCGUCAGAGCCUGAACAGUAUGGCUGGACAGAUGACCCACUCCCAAAGCUUGUCAAGUUUACCUGGUUUCCUGGCCUCUGCUGUGGAGGCGACUGACCCUGAUAGGGAGGAGACUGUGAAUACCCUGGAGAAGUUGUUAAAUCAUUGUGAGGAUGGCUACUUCUGUUGUCUGAGGGUGUUCACAGCCUACAGGAUUAGCAUGGUGCUGGGUAUGGAUUAUGAAGACGUCAUGGCCAGUGAUGACUUUACCAUUCUGGAGAUGUUACUGGUUCAGACUAACCCACAUAGGUUUAUUCUGGCUAAGGAUUACCUGAAAACAGGAGAUCUGAGUGAUGCAGCGGUGGCUGGGUUUCUCUCUGAUGCUAUUGUUCAUUCUCUGAAAAUCUUCAACAGUUCAGGUGAUGCCAGUAGCACCAGCAGUUCAGACUUGAUCUUCCACCCUGCAGAGGGAGCGACAGAGUUCUCUAACCUUGUACGUCUGUGUCAUGACCCCUCCAUGCUGGGUGACCGGUUACUGGACGCUGUGGCCGCUCUGGCGGGGAAUGAGGCUGACCCUUCACAGGCUGUGUUAUCCAUCCAGACAGAGCUGCUCAUCAGGGCCCAUGACUGCCACAGUUUAGCCUGUAACAUGGAAGGUAUUUCUAACAUCCUGAGGGCAGCCAGGGUGCUGACAGAGUGCUUGGCCAGAGCUGAGGAGUUCCCACUUAUGAUUCGCCUACUGACUGGGGUAGGAAGAUACAGUGAAAUGUCCUACAUCUUUGAUGCCUUGAAACAAAAUCAUCAGUUUGAAUUGCUGCUGAGGAAAGGCAUGGAAAAGGAGGACAGGUUAAAAGUGGCCAUGUUGGAUUACCUAAAGAGGUUUCACUCCACUGACAGUGACUCCUUCACAAUGGUGGCCCUGAACUUUACCAUGUACAGAGAAAUAGCUCAGAUGCUAGAGGAGUGCGCCUAUCGCCAGUUAGCCAAGCUCAAGACUCAACCCUUAGAAAACUCCUCAGACACUAAGACAAGUCUGGAGAAGGUCGUUCAGUAUUUGUCCGAUGCUGCGGACAGUUACAUUAAGGAUAACUGUAUGCGUCACGCCCAGAGCUGUGUGAAGCAGGCCCGCCUGGUAGCUCUACAGAGUCACCUACUGUCCUCUGGGGUGCACCUGAUCAACCUAUCCCCCACGGAGGCGUCCAUGUUUAUACGACACCACGCACGCUUCACAGAGGCAUAUAUUGUGAGCGAUGCUUAUAACAGAAGGACAGACUGGGCAGCUGCUCUCUGUACAAAUUUCCUCAUCAACGGAGACAUGAAGUAUUUCACCGAGUUCAAAAACUACGUCAAACUAACGCCAUCACUGAUUUCAGAGACUGUUGAAAGGUAUGAGCAGCUAGCUAACAAACCUAGUCACUCCCUGCAACAGGUGCAGAAGUUACUGAGCUGCUGUAGAGAUGUGAAGGUCAAAUAUCAGCUGGCAAAAGACCUGGGGAUGAAGGAAAUUGUCACAAAGAUGGAGAAUGGGGAGUGUGGCGCAUACCUGUUAGACAUCUUCCUGUGACAGUGUGAUGUACCAUCUGAUUUGUAAAGACCUGGUCAUGAAGGAAAUAGUGACACAGACAGAGAAUGGGGAGUGUGGCGCAUAUCUGUUAGACAUCUUCCUGUGACAGUGUGACGUACCAUCUGAUUUAUAAAGACCUGGUCAUGAAGGAAAUUGUCACACAGAUGGAGAAUGGGGAGUGUGGCGCAUAUCUGUUAGACAUCUUCCUGUGACAGUGUGACGUACCAUCUGAUUUAUAAAGACCUGGUCAUGAAGGAAAUUGUCACACAGAUGGAGAAUGGGGAGUGUGGUGCAAAUCUGUUACACAUCUUUCUGUGAUAGUGUGACUCACCAUCUGCUUUAUAAAGACAUGGGAGUGAAGGAGAGGGUGUCACAGAUGGAAAAUAGGGAGUGUUGGGCAUCUUUCUGUGAUGGGGUGCUGAAUACCUGGGACUGAAGGAGAGGCAGCACAUGUGAAACGUGCAUGUAGAUGCUGUGAAGAGGUAGAAUGAUUGUAGCCUCAGAAAUAUCAGAAAAAGAUCUCCUUUUUGGAAACCGUAAAUUGAAAACUUUUUACAUUGGCUUACUAUUGACAAUUCUGCUUAACUGUGAUAGCCAGCCACACACAUAUAUAUAUAAAUAUCUUCAUGGAAACUGUAUAUAUGUAUGAAUGUUAGACAGUGUCCUAAAUGGUAGUACACGUGACGUGCAUUUAUAUGAAUGAAUGAUUAUGUGCAAUUGUAUACAGUAUGUAUACGUGUGUAUAUAUACUCAAGUGUAAAUAGUGCUGUAUUGUGUAUAUGUAUAUAUCACAGUGCAUCCUCUGCAGGACGAUAUUGCAGGACUUGCACAGGUUAUGUAAAUGUAGCACAGAAAUAAAGUGAUGAUAAUUCAGUACUGAAAAUAAGUACAUAAGCAGCGUUUAUUGCAUUAUACUGCUAUUGGUCUGUUUGUUUGCUGGAUUGGAGGUUUAACAUUAUUUCCAAAGUGAUUUCAGUCACAUCCCCACAGAGUUGCAUUUCUGAUAUACCAGCAUGUAUUAAGCUGUCUCACUGGAACACUAUGCUGUAGACACCUAGUAAGUCACAGCAUACUUACACUGGUUCACCCAUGCUUCAUUAUGAAUGCUUUUAUACUGUUAAGUAUCAGGCAAGGAGAACAGAAAGCAUGGGAAAUAUCUGUAUGUGUACUGAAAUUUUUAUUCAAUUUCACACAUAUCAGGCUAAGGAUGGAGAUUUGCACAGGCAUUUGAAAAAUGCUGUAUAUGAAAAAGGCUAAGAAUAAGCAUGGAGUAAUUACUUGUAUUUAACACUUUGUUAUAGCACAUAAAUAACGAAUAAAACAAAUCAAAUGGGCUAGCCUGCUAAAGAUAGGAGAAGAUCAAUACAGUAAUAAAAAAUAUGUAAAUAAAAUAUACAGAAAUAUCACAGAAAAUUGCUGAUGAACUGAAGUCUUAUGUCACUACCUGGUUUGACAGCGAGUCAGAGUUCAAGUUUAACAUACUAUAUACACGGGAUGUCCUGUCAGGAACAGAAGACAUAAUUAUAUAAGCAUUUCAUGUAACCUGUAAAAAGUAAUACCCUCUACCUUGCCAGCUAUUAUUAUUAUUAUUAAUUACCACUUGAUAUUAAAAUCACUGGUUAAUUUAAUUCUUGUAGAGGGCCCCACCGUUUUGUGAUUUGCAAGAUUUCAGUUCCCUUUGUAUAGGGCUGGUGAAUUCCAUAUCAGAGACACUAAUACGUAUCUUUUAUGCUGGAUUUACU